AAAGCAGCCGUCUCCCUCAGUUCUUCACCAGGCACACCACAAGCAGCAGAGACCAAGAUGUGGAACGCAACUGAGACCCAGGUUUGGAACGCCACCGAGCACACCAGGGGCAUGUGGAACGCCACAGAGGUCUCUCUGCAGCUCCCCAUCCGGACCUCCUCUGAUCGGCUCCUGCAGCCCUUCUGGGAUUACCUGGUCUUCCAGCAUUACCCCCUGGUCUACUCGCCCUUCUUCCCCGUCCUGAUUGCCUUCGCCAGCUACUUCAUCUUCAGCCUCCCCUUCGCCGUCAUCGACCUCCUGGGCGACAAGCUGCCCGCCUUCCACCGCUACAAGAUCCAAGGCGACAGACGCCCCACCGUAGGUAUGAUGAUGCGGAGCCUGGGGAUGACCGUGUACAACCACCUGGUCUUUGUGUUUCCCACUGUCAUCAUCAACAAUGUCUUCCUGCCUCCGGCGCCAUUGUCCCCAAUAGCACCCACCCUCUGGGACGUCUUCGGCGGUGGCCUUGGCACCCUGCUCAUCUUCGACACCCAGUACUUCAUCUGGCACAUGGUGCACCACAAAAACCCCCACCUCUACAAGUGGGUGCACGCCAUCCACCACGAGUACUACUCUCCCUUCUCUUGGUCCACUCAACACCUCAGCGCCAUGGAGCUGAUGGCCGUGGGCUUCUGGAGCAACCUGGACCCCAUCCUGCUGAAGAUCCACCCACUCACCGCCUGGAUGCUGACCGUCUUCAGCAUCUGGCUGUCGGUGGAGGACCACAUUGGCUACGACCUUCCCUGGUCCCUCCACCACCUGGUGCCCUUCGGGCUGCUCGGCGGCGCCCCAGCUCACGACAUGCACCACCAAAAGCCCUCCACUAACUUUGCCCCUUUCUUCAGCCACUGGGACAGGCUCUGUGGCACCGAAAGCCACCUAGAGGAAAAGACUGAUAAACUAGGAAAGACUGAAAAAAAUCCAAACAGCAAGAUGCAUUCAAUGUAAAUACAUAAUAUAUGUGUAUAUCUGUAUAUAUAAGUAUAUAUAUACAUAUUUGUCUAUAUUUUUACUCUGCAGGUGCUAUGCACAAAUGAAAUGUUUUCAAAUGUAAAAAGCUAUUUUUGUAUGAACUGAAUAUG